AUGUCUUUUGACAUCAAUUGGGAUAAGCUUGUGGAAGACAACUCCAUAAAUGAGUCUGUACGUGAGUUUCUUGAUAGACAGCUAAAUCAGCUUCAGCUUCCUUCCUACAUUGACAAUCUCACGGUUACCGAGUUCUCGUUGGGCUCCAAAGCUCCAGAACUCACGAUACGACAUGUGGGGGACCCCUUUGACGAAUUCUACGAAGAAGGCUCAGACAAUGAAGAGGAAAAGAACCCUAUGCUGCCAGCAAUGAGCGAUCUGGACACAGAAUCUGACGAUAGUGAAUAUGGCUACGAUGGACAUACGACUCUCAAUGAAACAGGCCUACGAGAGACAUUAAGAGACAUUCCACCUUCUCCACCACCAAUGCCACAUGAUCCACGAGAUAUCUUGAAAAACUUCCACGCAUACUCCAUGAACAAUGUUGGACUUACGCACAUAUCACUGAUGAAUGAGUCCGAGACACCAACCAAUAUAUUUGCACAGAAUCCACUUCGUCCUGCCAUUACCCUGGCUCAAAAAGCAGUCAAAAGAGAUAGCAAUGAUUUGCAAAGCAUUAUUGAAAUAGACUACGAGGGAGACCUGACGAUGGAGGUAACAGUGAAUUUGCUUGUCAACUACCCCUCUGCACUGUUCAUUACGCUACCGAUCAAACUUCACAUUACAGACUUGGUCAUUCACUCCUUGGCAGCGGUAGCUUACCUUAAAAAAAGCAUAUUUGUAUCCUUCUUGUGCGACCUCAACGACACAAAAUCGGAAUAUUUCACCAAGUCGAACGCUGGCACGGAAGGAUCAUCCAACACACCAUCCGCGGGAGGCAACUUUGUCGACUACUCUUCGCCUAUAAAUCAUGAGCGUAUCGACGUCAUCAAGUCGGUCAAGAUUGAAUCUGAAAUAGGCGAGCUAGGCAAUAAUGUGCUUAGAAAUGUGGGUAAGGUAGAGCGUUUCUUGGUCGACCAGCUACGCAAAAUAAUACGUGAAGAGAUAGCAUGGCCCAGUUGGGUCUGCUUCGAUCUCAAUGAGGACUCUGAUGAAGAGGAUGAGGAGGAUUCCGAAGAGGAAGCUCCUUUAGAUGCUGAGACAUAA